UGAUGAGAGCUUCCAGGAAAAGUGGACCAGACCAGGAUUGUGUAUAAAAGCCGGUCCCUCAGCUCAUAAAACUCAGAAUCCUCUCAUCCUCACAAGUGCUGAGACUAAAGAAACACCAAGAGUCUUCUGUAGGUUAUCAUCACUAAAACCACUUAAAAUGGAGUUCGGCUUUGGAUUACUUCAGACCCGUGGAUCUAAGACCUCAUGGAUCAGCUUGACUUUUCUUUGCUCAAUGCUGUGCAUGUGGACUAGAGUAGAUAGCUGGUCCUACUACUACUCCAACACCACAAUGGACUGGCAGCAAGCCAGAGCCUGGUGCCGGCAGCACUACACAGACAUGGUGGCCAUCCAGAACCAGGAGGAGAUCGGGCAUCUCAACAGCGUGCUGCCCAGGCAGCGCGCCUACUACUGGAUUGGGAUCCGCAAGGUCGAUAACGUCUGGACCUGGGUAGGAACCAACAAGGCUCUGACAGCGGAAGCAACCAACUGGGCAACGGGCGAACCAAACAAUGGGAAGAGUGGAAAUAGUAUGAGUCAGAAUGAGGAUUGUGUGGAGAUGUACAUUAAAAGGGAUUUGCAGCCAGGAAAAUGGAACGAUGAGAGGUGUUCGAAGCUGAAGACCGCUCUGUGCUAUGCAGCUGCCUGUAAGAAUGACUCAUGCCUCCAUGGAGACUGUGUAGAAACCAUCAACAGCCACAAGUGUGCUUGCCGUGAAGGCUUUUACGGAGAGCGGUGUGAGCACGUUGUCAAGUGUAACAAAGAGGAGGUGACCGUUCCAUCUAAAGGAAGUGUGGAUUGCAAUCACCAGUAUGGAAACUUCUCCUACAACUCCUCGUGCCAGUAUUCCUGUGAGGAAGGAUACCAGCUGAAUAUGUCAAGACCUCUGAAGUGCACUGCAUCAACACAGUGGUCGGAGCAGCCGCCUACAUGUGAAUUGGUCCAGUGUCCGGAGCUGUCUAGUCCGGCAAGAGGAUCCAUGAAGCCCUCCGAUCCUCUGGGCUCCUCCAGCUACCAGUCCACCCGUGUGUUCACCUGUGAUGAAGGCUAUGUACUCGCUGGUUCCCCGUCUAACACUCUGCAAUGUGAAGCGUCAGGAUUGUGGAAUGCCUCACAGCCGGUUUGUGCUGCUGUCCAGUGCUCCGCUCUCCAGGAGCUGGACAAUGGCGUUUUCAGCUGUGGAGACAAUGCAGAUGUGAGGUUCAGCUACGGAAACACCUGCAGCUUCAGCUGUGCCACCGGCUACCGCCUAGUGGGACCGAGCAGGGUGACAUGCACGUCAGCAGCUGAGUGGAGCGAGAGGAUGCCUCGCUGUGAAGCCAUCACAUGCCAGAAUCCAGAGGGAGAAGCUCACCUCAUCAGCCAGUGCAGCCAACCUUUGACUGAACUGAGGCCAGGCUCCACCUGCAGCUUCAGCUGUGAAACCGGCUUUGAACUGAAGGGAUCUCACACCGCUCAGUGCUCUGAAAACGGACAGUGGAGUGAAGACAUACCUACCUGCAAAGCAAAAGGAUGUCCUGCUCCUGAGAUCCCAACAAAUGCCCAAAUCAGCUGCAGUCCUUCUCUGUCCUCACCUGCUUCCACCGGGACCCCCCAUCCACUUGGUAUGGUCUGCAUAUUCAGCUGCCAUGAAGGCCACGAGCUGCAAGGUGCACCCAGCAUGGAGUGUGCAAAUCCAGGCCAGUGGACCUCCACACCACCAAACUGCACAGCGGUGAGAUGCCCAUUGCUCGAGGCUCCUGAAAACGGUCAUAUCAACUGCUCCAACAGCUAUCCAGUGUACAAAUCAGAGUGCUCCUUCACAUGCAACCAAGGUUACUCAUUAGACGGACGUGACCUGCUGACCUGUGAAAGUCAUGGCAAUUGGAGUACUGGAGAGAAUCCCACCUGCCAAGCUCCCUCAUCUCAGGCUGCAGCCAUUGCUUCUGGUGCGGUAGCAGGAGGCGCUCUGUUAUCCGGUCUGUCUGUGGCUAUGUGGAUCCUGAAACGACUGAAGCAGAAGGCCACCAAGUUUGAGCUAAACAGCACCUCUGACAUAGAGGACCCUCCACAGGUCUACAAAAGCAGCAUCGACAGCCUCAUAUUGCUGUGCAUGUGGACUACAGUAGAUAGCUGGUCCUACUACUACUCCAACACCACCAUGGACUGGCAGCAAUCCAGAGCCUGGUGCCGGCAGCACUACACAGACAUGGUGGCCAUCCAGAACCAGGAGGAGAUCGGGCAUCUCAACAGCGUGCUGCCCAGGCAGCGCGCCUACUACUGGAUUGGGAUCCGCAAGGUCGAUAACGUCUGGACCUGGGUAGGAACCAACAAGGCUCUGACAGCGGAAGCAACCAACUGGGCAAUGGGCGAACCAAACAAUGGGAAGAGUGGAAGGAGUAUGAGUCAGAAGGAGGAUUGUGUGGAGAUGUACAUUAAAAGGGAUUCGCAGCCAGGAAAAUGGAACGAUGAGAGGUGUUCGAAGCUGAAGACCGCUCUGUGCUACGCAGCUGCCUGUAAGAAUGACUCAUGCCUCCAUGGAGACUGUGUAGAAACCAUCAACAGCCACAAGUGUGCUUGCCGUGAAGGCUUUUAUGGAGAGCGGUGUGAGCACGUUGUCAAGUGUAACAAAGAGGAGGUGACCGUUCCAUAUAAAGGAAGUGUGGAUUGCAAUCACCAGUAUGGAAACUUCUCCUACAACUCCUCGUGCCAGUAUUCCUGUGAGGAAGGAUACCAGCUGAAUAUGUCAAGACCUCUGAAGUGCACUGCAUCAACACAGUGGUCGGAGCAGCCGCCUACAUGUGAAUUUCCGCUCUCCCUCUGUUUUGCAGCUGUCCAGUGCUCCGCUCUCCAGGAGCUGGACAAUGGCGUUUUCAGCUGUGGAGACAAUGCAGAUGUGAGGUUCAGCUACGGAAACACCUGCAGCUUCAGCUGUGCCACCGGCUACCGCCUAGUGGGACCGAGCAGGGUGACAUGCACGUCAGCAGCUGAGUGGAGCGAGAGGAUGCCUCGCUGUGAAGCCAUCACAUGCCAGAAUCCAGAGGGAGAAGCUCACCUCAUCAGCCAGUGCAGCCAACCUUUGACUGAACUGAGGCCAGGCUCCACCUGCAGCUUCAGCUGUGAAGCCGGCUUUGAACUGAAGGGAUCUCACACCGCUCAGUGCUCUGAAGACGGACAGUGGAGUGAAGACAUACCUACCUGCAAAGCAAAAGGAUGUCCUGCUCCUGAGAUCCCAACAAAUGCCCAAAUCAGCUGCAGUCCUUCUCUGUCCUCACCUGCUUCCACCGGGACCCCCCAUCCACUUGGUAUGGUCUGCAUAUUCAGCUGCCAUGAAGGCCACGAGCUGCAAGGUGCACCCAGCAUGGAGUGUGCAAAUCCAGGCCAGUGGACCUCCACACCACCAAACUGCACAGCGGUGAGAUGCCCAUUGCUCGAGGCUCCUGAAAACGGUCAUAUCAACUGCUCCAACAGCUAUCCAGUGUACAAAUCAGAGUGCUCCUUCACAUGCAACCAAGGUUACUCAUUAGACGGACGUGACCUGCUGACCUGUGAAAGUCAUGGCAAUUGGAGUACUGGAGAGAAUCCCACCUGCCAAGCUCCCUCAUCUCAGGCUGCAGCCAUUGCUUCUGGUGCGGUAGCAGGAGGCGCUCUGUUAUCCGGUCUGUCUGUGGCUAUGUGGAUCCUGAAACGACUGAAGCAGAAGGCCACCAAGUUUGAGCUAAACAGCACCUCUGACAUAGAGGACCCUCCACAGGUCUACAAAAGCAGCAUCGACAGCCUCAUAUAGAACUGUCAUACUCUUCAGAGACAACUAAGGACACUUGUAUAACUCUCUAACAUUAACUGUGUGAGUCACCAGUCAUAGUAUAAACGCCAUUAGUAUAAAACUUGUUAACAGGAAAACUCAAUAUGUCAGAGCUACACCUUUGCAUUUGAUUGUUGUAUUGUGUGUUAUUGAAUUUCAUGAUUUGCUCUGUGAUGUCGUCCAGACAUGUAUUUCCUCCCAAGGGGGAGUUUUAUAUGGAACACACAGCUCUAUGAGCACGCUGGAAAUGUGGCUCUGUCCAUGAUAUUGUAAAUGUGUCAUAACGUCAUGGGUGGUGCUAAACUGUGAAUAAUUUCAACAUUUAUGUACUAUUUAUUUAACACUUUUAUUGCAUUUGAAAUGCUCAUUCAGAUAUUUCUGUAAUGUUUAAAGCAGUGCUGGUUUAUUAUUCAUAAUAAAACUUCAAACUAUCA